AAUCCCACAACGUGCGGAGCGGAGCGGAGCGCACCGCAGGCACGAGUUAGUGGAUUUUAACUUGCCAGGGGCGACUGUUCGCGCUUGUUUUGACACAUGAAUAUGCACCACUCCGCGUCUGACAGAUACUCGUAGUUCAGUAGUAAAGCCUCUUGAUUGACGACUGUCGGGACUUGAAGCGAACGAUGCCGGAGGAGGACCGGGUGACAACAACAACAGGGCGCGCUGCUGCUGCUGUCCCGUUGCCAUUGCGACGUCCUCCACUUCAUGCCGUGUAACCUUUAAGCUCUAACCUCCGUCCGGUCGAGUUGUGUCCCGAGAGCAGAGAGCCGUGGUGAUGGCCGAGGAGGAGCCCCAGCAGGCGGACCGCGGGGCGGGGAGCCUGCCCGGCCUGCUGCCCGGGCUGCCCGGGCUGCAGGGCGCUGAGGCCGGCGCUCUGCAGCUCCGGAUCAGGAACUCCAUCUGCAAAUCUGUUCAGUCAAAGGUGGACAACAUCCUGCAAGAUGUGGAGAAGUUUUCAGACAUUGAAAAGCUCUACCUCUACCUUAAGUUGCCUUCUGGUCCCAGCAGCACAGUUGAUAAAAGUGACCAGAGCUCCCUGUCAUCUAGCCGCACGCAGCAGAUGCACGCCUUCAGCUGGAUCCGCGAUCACUUAGAGGAAUACCCAGAGACCUCGCUUCCAAAGCAGGAGGUCUAUGAUGAGUACAAGAGCUUCUGUGACAAUCUCAACUACCACCCGCUGAGUGCUGCGGACUUUGGGAAGAUGAUGAAAAACGUCUUUCCGAACAUGAAGGCACGCCGACUUGGCAUGAGAGGAAAAUCCAAAUAUUGUUAUAGUGGACUAAGGAAAAGGCCUUACGUUCACAUGCCGGCUUUACCAACUCUGGAUCUCCAUAAAUCAACAGAUGGACACCAGUGUGAUGUACUCGAGUCACCAGGCCAAUUGAGCAGCAUCAGGGAUGAGGUGCGAUUUGCAGCCUGUGAUCUUGUGUGCGAGUGGGCCCAGAAGGUGCUGAAACGCCAGUUUGACGCUGUGGAAGACUUGGCUCGCUUCCUGAUCGAUAGCCAUAACAUCAGCAACAAGUCUUUGGCUGCUCUUACUAUUAUGACCAGCACAGCAACAGAGGUCAAACCUCAGCAAACGGUCUCAGCCUUUGCCCCCACGGCACAGGCUCACCCCUUCCAACCUCAUGUGACGUUGCUGACAUCCCCAUCUGUUGAUGCAAAGCAGCAGCUGCAGAGGAAGAUCCAGAGGAAGCAACAGGAGCAGAAGCUGCAUUCUCCUCUACCAGGUGACGGACAAACCAAGAGGGUAGAAGAUGGUGUGCCAUGUGGUAGCCCUACCCCUCCGUCACCACAGCCAACCAUAGGCAUCGUGGUUGCUGCUGUCCCAAGCCCCAUCACGGUCCAGAGGAGCAGGCAGCUGAUGUCUCCAAGUCCUGUGGGAGCAUUGGAAAGUAAAGUGCUGCCUCUGAACUUCCAAAUGAUGCCCCAGCCCGUUCCAGCAGUGAAACAGAGCCCAAAACCUGGCCCGAAUAUUCUGUCAAGUCCCGCGGGAGAGCGGACACCGCGGCAGCGCUAUGCUCAAAUCCUGCCCAAACCUUCAGCCACAUCUGCCAUCGCUCUGUGUUCGCCCUCCACCAUGAUCAUCGCUAACAGCCCCAUUAAGACUGUAAUGACUACAUGUCAUGUCAGCCCAGUCAGUUUGGUGAAGAUGGCAGCAAUAUCACUGGCACCUCAUAGCUGUGAAAGCAACACAUCCCUUACGAACACUUUGCUGCAGCCAGGCAUCAGCUCUGCAGGGGAUUUUAGCUCCAAUCAAAGCCAGAUGCUGGCCUCGGUGACCACUAACACUCAGAGCAUGGAUGUCGAAAUGGAAGUUGAAGCAAUACAUAACAACAGCCAAAUGCAAACUACCAACAUUCAAGCUUCGAGCCAAGGAGUGACAGGAAAUAGAGUUGGAGGUGCUUUACAGAGGGCUGCAAGUGUGCCAAUUCCUCAGAGUAAAGGCUUUCUGGGUCUGGAUGAAACAUCCGCCACUAAAUGCAGAGGAAAGUCCUCAGCAGGCAUAGAUUCUGCAAUUAAAAAGGGCAGUAAUAAUGUUGAUCAAAGCACUAUGCACUUAAAUGCCUCCAAUCAGAAUGUCAGCACUGUGUCUCCACUUAAUAGUAGAUUGUCCUUGUUUGGAGAAAGCAGCCUGGCAAAGGAAGAUAUCUUUUCAACAAAGAGUUUCAGGAAACGCUCUGGCCUCAGUCCAGAGCUUUCCCCAGUUAAAAGGCUUUUCAUGCCCCAACAGCCAACAGAGGGCAGUGCUGGUCUUGGAUACAACGUUAGUACCAUCUCUAGACCACUUUCUGUGGCUAGGCCUGAAAGUGCACCAGCCGCAAGGGAGAUAGAGAUGAAUAAAAGGUGUGUGGCAUCCAUUCAAGCCCAUUCACAAGGCACUUCCUCUCUCAGAGCCUGCGGCUUUGGCUCUGCUGGCAAUACACAUAACUCAAUACAGAUGAAAAAUACUUCCACUGUUAUGGAAACUGGUAUGUCAGUCAAUCACCCAGUGCUACAGGAGCAGCAGGGGCACACAGUUGCUAAUAUGCAUACCAGUAACCCUGGUUUUCAGAAACAUACAAGUGUGAAUUCCAACUUAACCACAGGGAGCCUGGAUGGGGCUCUGCAGCAGACUUACACUCAGCCUGCUGCUGCUACUGACACCUUACAGUUUUUUAACCAAACAUCCUCCAGUCAGCUCCUGAUGCCUGAGCAUAUGGACUACUUUCCCCUCGAUGAUGAUUUGACUCAGGACAGCAUUGUUGAAGAGCUGGUGCAGAUGGAGGAGCACAUGAAACUUAAACGCCUGCAGGAGUAUGGAAAUUGUGCAACACUGCAAAGCCAACAGGCCGUGAUGCCUGGCAACAUUGCAUCUAAUAAUCAGACCAUGACUUCUUUCUAUUAUGCUGCCAACAACAGUGGCAACCCCAUCCAAACUCCCACACCUACAUCAGAGAUGAUGGGAGGAGCCCAAAGCAUCCCCAGAGAGAGUCCCUGCUCCCACAUCGCUUCUACAACUCCAGGGGAUAGUGCCCUAGGAAGUAGCCGCCACACCCCAGUGGGAACCCCCCACUCCAACUGCAGCAGCACUGUUCCUCCCAGUCCAGUGGAGUGCAGGAACCCAUUUGCAUUCACUCCCAUCAACUCCAGCAUCACGGGUUUCCAUGACAGCAGCCCCGUCUCCUUCAGUCCUGUCAAGCCAAUGCAAAGGCCGACGGCCACACAUCCAGACAAAGCGAGGCUGGAGUGGAUGAAUAACAGUUACAACAGCAGUGGUGGCUGCGCAAACAAGUCAGACAAUGGAAUGGGAAUCAUCUCUGGCUAUCAAGGGCUGAUAGACGACCAUUUUCAGAAGCCUCACGCCUUUGCAAUUCCACACACGCACCACUAUGACCGUCAUUUUGGCCGCUUGACUCCCAUCUCACCUGUGCAGCAGCAGUUUGCCAGCUUGAGUGGCAUGACCAAGCAGGAGGGUUUCGCUGUGCCUGCCCCUCUGGAUAAUAAAACAACCAGUGCAGCUGCCGCAACUUUUCGAUGCCGCAGUGUCAGCCCCGCAGUGCAUCAGAGAACUCUGAGUGGGAACACAGGAAACUGUUCCCUUUCUAAUGUCGCUCGAUCAGUACUGUCACCCUUUAAUUCUCCCGUGACGCCUGAGAUGUUGAACAUCUUUGGAAACAGCAAGACAGAUCUUGGAUCCGCCAGCAUGGCUCAGAGGAGUCGCUCCGUACCACUCAACGUCAUGAUGCAAACUGAAGCCCUGCCCACACGGGGCCAACAAUGUAGCAGCAAAAACAUCACCAGUGUCCUCCUGAGCAAGAUGGACGGGGACCACAGUGACACCGUGCGGGGUUUGGGCAUCAAUAAUAUACCCUCCAACUACACUGCACGGAUGAACCUCACUCAGAUCCUGGAGCCCAAUUCCACUGACAACCAGCUCUGCCUGAUGCACUCCGACUCCAACAGCACGUGCCACUCCCAGAGGCCGAAUUACCUCCUAGAAAAUGCUAUUAAUGAACAAAUGAUCCUCUCAGCCGGUCAAAGCCAAGUACAAUCAGCAUCUGGAGAGCAUCAUCAACAACGAGCUCAGUGUGCAAAGCUAUCUCUGGACUCACAGCAGCGGGAGCUGCAGCAGCAGCAGUUAGAUUUCAGCAACACGCAACACCUCUUAACAGACAGCAGUCGGCUCAUGGAACAGAUGUCUGAGUUAACGACAGGUGGGGCAGAUUUCCCCUGUGAAAUCAGAAUGACAUCGGACCUCUCCAGUAGCAUCAAUGACCUCAGCUCACUGGACACAAGUCUACUGUUUGACCCCAACCAGCAACAAGGCCAGUAUCAAAGUGCUGCUCCAGAGGAGCUGGUGAACAAUUCGUUGUUCCAGCAAAUGAGCGGGGCAUCACAUUCAAGUGGACUCGACUGGUUAGAAAGCAAAGAUCAUCCAACUGUUGACCUGAUGGGAUGAGAACAUCUUUUCUUCAUGUCAUGUUGAACAUGUUAAUCUGAGGCUGCUUUUAAUUUUAUUUAAGUAUUUUUUCUCUGUAUACUGCGACUCUGGACACACUGUUUGCCUAGUUUAAGUGCCAGACUAAACUGAGAUACUUCUGCAACACUACGGUAAGUAAAAUGCAGGUCAUUUCACUUUAUUGAUAAUGCAUCAAUUUAUGUUGUGCGAUUGAGAAAAGUUUGAACAAAAAAAAAAGAAAAAGAAAAAAAAACAACUAAUCCAGCAUAAUAUUUAAUUUUUGUUUGUCAAAUGUUUUAAAAAAAAAAAUGAUACUGCAGAAUACUCAGCAUACAGAAAGAUGGGGGUUAAACAUGAAUGGGUCUUCUGCCAGUCAUGCACAGGAAUGAAAAGAAAAACAAAAAAAUACAUUUCUCUCCAGCUCUCCGUAUAGAUACAUUUUCAAAAGAAUAAAUAAUUGAUUCAAAUUAUAAGAUACAAAUGUGUUAUGUACACAAUAUACACAAGACUGUUGAAUAGAGUUUUGUGGAGGAGCAGGGAGAAGUGUAAGAGGGGCAGAGUUCAGCUUCCUGGCAGGCUGGUGAAUGAAACUGUUUAUCUGUCUGGAGGAGCCAAUGCAGAGGGUCUGGUAUCUUCACCCAGAAAUCAGGAAGGGGAAGAGACUUGUGGAAAGGGUCACCCAGAAUGCUGGUUGCGUCGUGAGUGAGGCGGGUGUUGCAAAUGUCCAGGAGGGAGGGGAGUGGGACACCAGUGAUCUUCCCAGCUGUGUCUACUAUGUGCUGGAGUGUCUGGCAUCUGUAGGUGGUGCAGUCCCCCUGCCACACGGUCAUGCACUGGGUCAGGAUGCUCUCAGGGGGGGCACAGUAAAAGGUGCAUAUAAUAGGUAGGGGAAUAUUUACUCUCUUCAAAUUGUGAAGGAAGUCAAAUUGCCGCUGAGCUUUUGUGACAUGGUGGUGUGUCCAGGAAAGGUCCUCAUUCAUGUGCACCCCCAAUAAUUGAAUGUUGCCCACUCUUGCUCAGAGGGAAGUGACGGGUGUGGCCCAUUUGGAUGUUGAUAAUAAUCUCCUUGGUUAUGUUCGGGAGGAGGUUUUAAUCGCUGCAUGACACCUGACUUCCUUAUUGUUGCAGGUUUAAUCAUUUCUUGUAGAUGAAACCCACCACUAUUGCAUCAUAUAAAAGAUAACCUAAAUUAAUAUAUUAUUGUAGAGAAAUAUGUGUGUCAUAACUUUUAGAGGAAUAAAAACGAAGAUAUAUGAUACUAACUUGAUUUUCUUUAGAAAAUACUAACAAUAACGUAGAUCUGAAUUAACUACACAAAUCUUUUUAGUAUAUUAUAGUCAUCAUCAUACAGGAGAGUUAGGAUUUGAAUACUUUAAAAAAUGUAUUAGAAUGAUUAUUAAUUAUCAGAGUAUGUGAAACAGUAUCUUCUGAAACUUCACAACCACAAAGAAAGGUAAAAGAUAUGUCUGAGCUGUUACUUCCAAAGUUUCUAAUUCUUCAAGCCUUCUAACUAUUGUAUGGAUUAAGUGUCUUAAAUUUGGGGUCUGAAUCAAUCAGUAAAAGUGGGACUCCAAGUCAGCUGAUCUGCACAUCACUCAUGUAGAUGUAAAUAAAAUAACAGGGCCUCUUCAUAUGGAUUAUGUGCUUCAUUUUAACACUGUAGAAGCAGGCUUUAAACAUGCACUACUUAGAAAACAAUUAAGCCAAGAAGGACUAUUUUUGUUCUGUAAUGAUGGCCCAAAAAUAGCUUUAAUUAUGCACUAAUAAUUUAUUUAGUAGCUAUGUCACACUAACCUUUGAGCAGGAUUGUGUUACAUAGAUAGGAACUUGACCAUUUACCCCUACUGGAAUAAGGGAAAACAUUUAUAAUAAAACUUUUUAUUAAACUAAGCACCUUGAAUGGAGAGUUCUUGCACUAACAGGUUAAAAAUAUUGAAUGGAAGGCCAUUAUCCUUUUAUGCAUUACGUGCAAACUCAGUAUCUUUUUAAAAUGAAUUUAAUCCCUACUAUUACACCUUGUUAUAUAGGUACUAUAUUAAUUGUAAAGUACUGACUGUUGUGUUUAUUUACAAAAAUAAACUGUGUGACCUGUGCAGUAAAGGUUUAACUGCCUGUUUCGAGGAGUUACUUAAACAUGAAACCCUCUGCACUGAUGCCGAGCAGCCUGUAAACAAGACUUGUAACCACAGUCUCAAAGAAGCAUCCAAGGGUCUCUGGUUUCUGAGCCUUAUGUCCAUGCCAAAGAUGCAACCGGGAACAACAUGCACUAUGGUGGCAGGUGUAAUGUGACGUCUCGUUCUCCUUCUGUGUGAUGUUUGGACUAAGAGCAAAGAGUCUGAUAGCAGCUAUAACACAUGUUGCACUUAAGUGUGUGAGGAAGAGAUUAUCAAAAGUGAAACUUUGGUGGCAUUUACAACACUAGUGUAACCCAGGGCUAUAGAGACCAAUUCAGACGGACAACGACUGAAUAUAAAAAUACAAUCUUUAUUUAGAAAUCCACUGGAUAAAAACACAUGUACAAAAAAGCCCGUUAUCCCAAUAUAUAUACGGUAUAUGGUAAAGGAUGAUAAAAUAGGCAGGUUGGCACACAAUAACAGCAGCUAUCCCAAAUGCCAAUGUGGUCUUAUGGCUUUAACAUGACCUAAAGCAGUGACCACUCAGGACAACCCUGUAUAAGACAUUGAAACAAAUCAACAGCGUGAGUUGAUGAGCAUCGUAUCCUGCCCCGGCUAACACGCACUACAAAGACUGAAGGCUCACCAAAGUGCUGCAAUACAUGGAGUCGGUGAACCCAGUCUCCCUACAGCGCGAUGUAUUGCACAGCGCGGUGCAUCAGCUCACUACAAAACAACCACAUGCAAAUGACCUUUUACUUAUAAUACAAUAUGAAUAAACCUAAAAAUAGUGCAUUAACCAUAAUACACACGAGAGAGAGAACUUACAUCUCUAUGCAGAUUGCGCAACACCGCAUGACAGACGGCAUUCACAAUGUGAACAGGCACUCUUUGCAGCGUAGAGCCGCUACUCACUGCCUCCUUUCAUUCCCUUGCCACAGCCGAACGUUCCGAGGCACUUUUUACUUGAAAUGCAGCUCUCAACUCUCUUUUGUUAAGAGCAACCUGUCCCCUGCCGCCUUUAUGGAAAAUGUUUGUCCCAGCUGGCUCAACACCACAUAAUUGCACACCUGGGCCAGAGACACGCCCCCCAUCACUCGUCACCCCUCACCUGGCCACACUCACCCCCCUAGAAAACUUAAUCAGGGUCGCUGAUUGCCCGGUUGGCCAGCGGCACCGAAGGAGCCCGUCCCGGCCUGUAUAUGCUCCAGCUGAGAUGCCCUAAUCCCUAGCCUUGUACUCUUCCCACUUUGAUGGUGGAUGGCAGAUCGCGGUAAAUUAAAAGGGAUUAGAAUGUCUUCGUCGAGACCGGCGGAUCUGCAAUGGAGAACUGGUGUCUUUCUCCAGUGUACUCCCUUUUCUGAGUGGAGACUGUCCUGAACCUUCUCCCUGGUCCCUUUGUUGGGACUGCCCUUCCUCCUCUGAGCUCUGCUCACCCUGUUCGUGGUUAAGACCCAUGGGAUCACACCCUGCCUCGCGGCAGUCUUCUAACUCACUCCGAAUGCCCACACAUAUCAAACUAUCAUCUUCACUUUCUUCACUUCCACUCUCUGCGAUUCGCAUAGCCUUGCCGUCGCUUUCUCCCUCGCCCCAUUGAGAACUUCUGUCCAGGUGAGCGGAACCGCUACAGAGGGACGUC